CCAAAUUGAACAACCUCCCGUCUCUCCCCACUUCAGCAGGAGCGUAGCAAGCGCCUUUCGUGUCAGCCCAUCUGUGCUUAGGGUGUGACUCCAUUCCCAGCGCUUCAUACCGCUCUUGGCUCUCAGGGCUGGGCGGAAGAAGCUGCCAUGGCAGCCACAUCAAGCCUCACGAGAGUCACCACGCGUCCCUCCGUCCCCCGGCUCCUGUCUGUCUGGGCCAGGUGGGCCGGCAGCGGCCGAAAGGCCCCCUUCCCCGCCAAGGAAGCCCCCUCGGGGACCCUAGAGCUGCUGGGCAAGUCGUACCCUCUGGACGCCCACAGCAACGUGAAGGAGACCAUCCUGUCCAAGGUGGGCAGGCGGUUGCACAACCAGCGGCAACACCCGCUGUGGCUCAUCAAAGAGCGGCUCAAGGACCACUUCUUCCGGCAGUAUAGAAGCCGCCUGCGCACCCCGCUCUUCUCUGUGUACGACGACCUCUGCCCCGUGGUCACCACCCAGCAGAACUUCGACAGCCUGCUCAUCCCGGCCGACCAUCCCUGCCGAAACGGAGAAGACAGCUAUUACCUGAACCGAACCCACAUGCUGCGAUCUCACACCUCGGCCCACCAGUCCGACCUGAUCCACGCGGGCCUGGACGCCUUCUUGGUGGUGGGAGACGUUUACCGGCGGGAGUCCAUCGACGCCCUCCACUACCCAGUUUUCCACCAGCUGGAAGGGGUCCGGCUGUUCUCGGGCCACGAGUUGUUCGCCGGCAUCCCCGAUGGAGGGGACCUCCAGCUGUUUGAGCCCAGCUGCCGCACGGCUCACAAGCAGGAGACCCACACCAUGGAAGCAGUGAAGCUCGUGGAAUUCGACCUGAAACAAACGCUCAACAAGCUGAUAACGCAUCUGUUUGGAGACAGACUGGAGAUUAGAUGGGUGGACUGCUACUUUCCCUUCACUCAUCCUUCCUUUGAAAUGGAGAUCAACUUCCAAGGAAAAUGGAUAGAGGUGAUGGGCUGUGGGGUCAUGGAGCAGCAGCUACUGAAUUCAGCUGGGGCUUCGGAGAAGAUUGGAUGGGCGUUCGGCCUGGGAUUGGAGCGGCUGGCCAUGAUCCUGUAUAACAUCCCUGACAUUCGCUUGUUCUGGAGCGAAGAUGAGGAAUUCCUGGAACAGUUCCGUGUGCCUGACAUCAAUGAGAACAUCCAGUUUCAGCCUCUUAGCAAAUAUCCUCCUUUGACAAAUGACAUCUCCUUCUGGCUGCCUUCUGGGACUUUCGCCGUUGACGACUUCUAUGAUUUAGUUCGAACGAUUGGAAAAGAAAUAGUGAAGAAGGUUGACCUCAUAGACCAGUUUGAACAUCCAAAGACUGGGAAGGUCAGCCGUUGUUACCGCAUCGUUUACCACCGCAAGGAGAAGAUGCUCACCAAGGAAGAGGUAGCCCAGGUUCAUGGAGCCAUUCAGAAGGCAGUCGUGAAGGUGCUGGGAGUGGAAGGCAGGUUUUGACGUCCCCAUGGUUCAGCUGGGUUACCGGGAAUGGCCACCUGCCUCGGGGAGAUUUUUCCAAAUCAGGAAAGGCUACUGGGUCUGCAUGUGAAUGCCAAACAGCUUUUGAUAAAUGGAUUGCUUUCAGGGCUUUAAGAGAAUUAAAGAUUACUGUGGA